AUGCCAUUUUCGCAAGACUAUUCUCAAGCUAUCAUCUUCUUUGAAUCGCUCUGCGGCCCUGGAGCGACAACAACCGUUCACAACAUCAACAGCGCAAUGAGGGAGGGCACCACUUCCACCGCUACUGUCCAUCGCUGGUUUGCUCGCUUCAAAGAAGGAGACACGGGUUUUGAAGACAAGGCUCGGCCUGGACCCCCUCCCCCCCCCCCCCCCCCCCCCGCCGCCGGCGGCGGCUCCCUAAUUCUCGACACCGUCGAAGAGGAUCCGGAAGUUGAAACCGGUCGAAGACGAGCCGGAAGUUAA